AGAUUGGAUUCACGACCGAUCCUCGUAUGGCCCGUUCUUCCCCAUACCCAACAGAUGUGGCUCGUGUGGUUAACGCACCCAUUUUCCAUGUCAAUGCUGAUGAUCCAGAGGCUGUGGUGUAUGUGUGCAAUGUGGCAGCUGAAUGGAGAAGUACUUUCCACAAAGAUGUAGUUGUGGAUCUGGUGUGCUACAGGCGAAAUGGGCACAAUGAGAUGGACGAGCCGAUGUUCACUCAGCCAUUGAUGUACAAGCAGAUCCGAAAACAGAAGGCCGUGCUACAGAAGUAUGCUGAGACCCUGAUUUCACAAGGAGUAGUAAAUCAACCUGAAUACGAGGAGGAAAUUUCCAAGUAUGACAAAAUCUGUGAAGAGGCUCAUGCAAGGUCCAAGGAUGAAAAAAUCCUUCAUAUCAAGCAUUGGUUAGACUCUCCAUGGCCUGGUUUCUUCACCCUGGAUGGCCAACCUCGGAGCAUGAUCUGUCCUUCUACCGGCUUGACUGAAGAAGAUUUGGGCCAUAUAGGAAAAGUGGCCAGCUCAGUUCCUGUUGAAAAUUUUACCAUUCAUGGGGGUUUAAGCAGGAUUCUAAAAACACGAGGAGAGAUGGUUGCCAAUAGGACUGUAGACUGGGCCUUAGCAGAGUAUAUGGCAUUUGGCUCUCUUCUUAAAGAAGGAAUCCAUAUUCGGCUGAGUGGACAAGAUGUUGAAAGAGGAACAUUCAGGAAUGACAAAAAGCUGCCAAUAAGAAUUCCAGUUACCAAACCUGCAAGAAAACUAGACGACUUUGACGUGCGCCAGCUGUACGACUGCAAUUGGAUCGUG